CCUGUAUGAAUACGAAAAACAGACCACGUGGUGUAAAAGCAGACUGCAGCUUCUUUUGUUCAAAUCAAUCAAACCAGAGACGGACAGAGAGCCGCUGAAUCAGGAAAUCGCCGAAAACAGCUUGAGUUUGAAAGAUGCCACGCAAGAAGGUGACAGAUGUCUCAGGGAAUGGUGGGAUGAAAAGGAAGCGAGCCAGCGGGAAAAGGAGAGAGAGGGAUUUCAGCAGUGAUGACGAGUUUGACUUUGAGCAGGAAAACAACAAGAAAUCCGGCAAACCCACCACCAAGUCUGGUCUCCAACCGGUCACUGUGGCAGACGACGUGAAAGAGAAAAUAAAACUCGAGUGCCCAAAGGUAAAGGGCCAACUGCUCAUCUUUGGGGCAACCAACUGGGAUUUGAUUGGAAGAAAGGAGGUUCCCAAACAGCAAGCUGCUUUCCGCAACCUGGGCCAAAAUCUCUGGGGCCCUCAUCGUUAUGGCUGCCUAAAUGACGUCCAGGUUAGCUGCGUGGUGUCCGGCCCCUGUGCUGCUCACAGUCUCUUCAUAACCACAGAGGGCAAGCUGUGGAGCUGGGGUCGUAAUGACAAAGGUCAGCUGGGUCAUGGAGACACCAAGCGCCUGGAAGCUCCCAAGUUAAUCGAGGCCCUGGCAGAGCAUGUUAUUGUUUCUGUAGCCUGUGGACGCAAUCACACCCUGGCACUCACAGAGGAUGGCGCUGUGUAUUCAUUUGGAGAGAACAAGCUGGGCCAGCUUGGUCAGGGCAACCAGACUGAUGCAGUCCUCACCCCAGCACUGAUUUCCUACAAUGGGCAGCCCCUGGUGAAGGUGGCUUGUGGUGCUGAAUUCAGCAUGGUGGUGGACUGCAAAGGAAACCUGUACUCGUUCGGCUGCCCAGAGUAUGGACAGCUGGGCCACAACAGUGAUGGAAAGUUCAUAGCUCGUGCCCAGCGCAUAGAGUUCGACUGUGAGCUCAUCCCUCGUCGUGUCGCGAUCUUCAUUGAGAAGUCCAAGGAUGGCCAGAUCAUGCCUGUGCCUAACGUGGUUGUGAGAGACGUGGCCUGCGGGGCUAAUCACACGCUGGUGCUGGACUCUCAGAAGCGCGUGUUCACCUGGGGCUUUGGCGGCUAUGGGCGCCUCGGUCACACCGAACAGAAGGAUGAGAUGGUUCCCCGGCUGGUCAAGCUGUUUGACUUUCCUGGCCGUGGUGCCAGUCAGAUCUAUGCAGGCUACCAAUGUUCGUUUGCUGUCAGCGAGAUGGGUGGGCUGUUUUUCUGGGGGGUGACCAAUACUUCUAGAGAGUCAACCAUGUACCCCAAAGCUGUGCAGGAUCUUUGUGGCUGGAAGAUCCGCAGCCUGGCAUGUGGGAAGAGCAGCAUCAUCAUUGCUGCAGAUGAGAGUACAAUCAGCUGGGGACCCUCGCCCACAUUUGGAGAGCUGGGAUACGGAGACACCAAACCCAAAUCCUCCACCACCGCCCAGGAGGUAAAGACCUUGGAUGGCAUCUACAUUGAGCAGGUGGUGAUGGGCUACUCUCACUCUCUGGUCAUUGCUAGACAGGAUACUGAGCAGGAACAGGAGAAACUUAAAAAGCUGCCUGAGUACAACCCCCGAACAAUCUGAAGGGCCCACCAGCAGUGACACCUCAACCCAUUUCACAGAGCAGAGGAACAACCAUGUGAUCAGCAGGAAUACCUGACCUGUUCAGUCGCUACUAGUCACGGCAUCGUGCUAGUGGGAUGGUUGAGUUGAGGGGAGAGGUGUUCACGAGUCUGAAGGUUAUCCACACAUCUCGACUCCCAACAGACUCCACAACAAUUUGGACACUCAAAUCAGAGAAGAUGGGACUGGAGACUGACAGAUGCUCUGGAUGGUCCAGCUCUCACAAUGAAUGGUCAAGAUAUCUUUACUUCCCAAUGAGCCUGCAACGGUUUGUUCUAAGCACAUCUCGUCCAGCAAAGUUGUGCUUCCCAAAAAACCCAUUCCAGUUUCUUUUCUCAUUCAUGUCGGGUCUCUUAAUUCUGUUUGUUUGUUUCAGUAUUGAUAGUUGUGACAUUUACAGGUGCUACUCCAGGAGCCCUCGGUCUUUUCCUACUGGGGGCAUUUUAAAGACCAACACUCCAUACCUGUGCCUUUUUCUACAUGUAUGUUCAGGUUAUGGAAUUCUUGUUUAUUUGGUUCCGAGGAUCAGCUGAUCCAUCUUGUCUGUGGCAGUGUGACCGAGUGUUUGCGACUGCUGCAGAUUAUAAUCAGGAUUUGGAACAUA